AUGGGCCGCUCUACGGUAGCACAAAUAGUGCUAGAAACGUGUAAUGCUUUGUGGGAAGUUCUACAGCCUAUUUAUAUGCCUGCACCAACGGAACAAAUGUAUAGAGCUGUAGCCGAAGAAUACUGGCUAAAAUGGAAUUUUCCAAAUUGUAUUGGAGCUAUUGAUGGGAAACACAUACGAAUAAAAUGCCCAAAAGGAACUGGAUCGUUAUGCUAUAACUACAAAGGUUUCCAUUCAAUAGUUCUACAAGCAGUAGCAGAUGCCAAUGCAAAAUUUUUGGUGAUAGAAGUGGGAGGAUAUGGAAAACAGAGUGAUGGAGGAACUUUUAGUAGUUCCGAUUUGUACAAACUACUGGAAAAUGGCCAAUUGAACAUCCCUCCGGACACCCCAUUACCAGAUGAAGAGUUCAGCUUGGAUAUGCCGCACGUUUUCGUCGGAGAUGAAGCAUAUCCUUUAAUUAGAAACUUGCUCCGCCCAUAUCCCCGUUCACUACUCGAUUCGGAAAAGGAGUACUUCAAUUCACGGUUGUCCAGGGCCAGAAAGUGUGUGGAAUGUGCAUUCGGCAUUAUGACUGCAAAGUGGAGACUCCUUUGGAAACCAAUUGAGGUGGAAAUAGAAUUCGCGGAUGAGAUCGUGAAAGCUAUAUGUGUACUACAUAACGUCAUAUUAGAUCAUGAAGGACUUGAUUCCAUUCUGGACGAAAAUGUUGACAUAAAUAGAGUGCAGGGUAAAAAAAAUCAAGGUUGCGGAUCCAAUAAAAUUUGUACUAAAACUGGACGUUUCGUGCGAAACUAUUUUGAUGUUUUUGUGAACAAAAAUAAACUAAAUUAAUUUUAGAAAACAGGAUUUAUUUAGUUUUGCGUUGAAGAUUACUUUAAAUAAAACGUUAUUAAAAUUAGAAAGUACUUGAAUUUAUCGAACA